CGUAUCCGUGACGAUUUCUCGUUUACCUGUGCGACACAGACCCAAAAAAGCAGACAAUAAAUCAAUAAUCAAGCCGCCAAGAGAGAGAGAGAGCAGUCGGAUGGAUGGCUAUAUGGAUGGAUGGACGGAUUGGUUCGGAAUCGGCUUGGAUCGAAAGGCGAGUCUGGGGCCUUAUCAUCAUUAUUCAAAGCGAGCCACCAACGCCGCCGCCGACACAUAGAAAUGGGAAUAGAAAAAUAAUAAUAAUAACGAGAACAACAAACAGAGACCGAGGGAAAACAAAACAGAACCAAACCGAACAAAACGAGUUCCUAGAGUUUCUAAAAAGCCAUAAAACGACUACGAGUUUUGAUUUGAUUUUCGAGAUCCAAUCGACUGGCAUAGAACACAUGUACGGGUAUGUAAAAAAUACAUUUCAAUUCACACUCAGUCCAGCGGACCGGGUUCCAUUAAAAAAACCCCCCAGACGAACCAUCCAAAAAUGCGUGGAUGCUGUGGGAGAGAGCUCGGACAUAUGUAUAUUCUGGACACAGAACUCGACAGAGGCAGCAACUCGUCAUCGGUAAUAUCAGAAAGAGCAGUGCGACAGAGUCCAGUGGCAGCCCACGCCCGCGUUAUGAUUUUGUGGCCAUUUUAUAACUAACAACAUUCCAGCGGCGCCGACAACUGAGCCCAAGUCCCCAGUUCAAGUCCCCAUCCAGGGUUCCCAUCCCAGUUUUAAGGCCCCCCUUCCACUGGGCCACACACAUCGAUGGUUUAGCCGAUGACGAUGAUGAUGACCGCUCUUUGCCGCAGGGAGGAGUUGGGGGCGAAGUGCAAUGGAAACGCCGUCUGGUGACAGGAGCGGCAACGGGAGCAGAAUCGAACAUUCGAGGAGGAGGAGGAUGUUAAGGACCGGAUGACCGAUCGAAACCUGUUGGGGUGAUGCUGUGCCAAAGGACGGAAACCCAUUCCUUUUCCAACUAACCCGUCAGUUCUUUUUUACCCUUGCAGACAGUUCCAUAUUUU